UAGGAGUAGUUUAUUGUUCUUACUCGGCUCUGGGGCAAAAGUUCGAGGCUUUCAGCGGUAGGCUUACAAUUCUCACGAUCAUACAUUAAAUAUAUUUCAUUGGUCCAGCUAAAGACAAGGACAUACGUUUCCUGUGUAAUUAUAUGAAAGAAAUACUGAAUGAGAGUCAAUAGGACCAGACGUGUUGGUGUGUUUGUUUAUGUUUCAAGGAACAGAACUGUGUUGAUGUUUGUGGUCAACUUUAGUUUGUACUGUUAAAGCUGUGUCUCUCUCCAGGCAAACACUAGUGGACGAUAGUGGAAUUGAAGAUGAUUACAUCCUAACCCAAACCUCCCACAGGGCGGGGUUCAAACUGGAGACCAUCAAGACAGCCAGGGCCUGAUUGAAGUAUGUGGAGGCACAGGAUCUUUUGAAAGCUAUUAAUAAAGAUCCUCGCAUAAAAAUACUUCUAUCUAAAAAUUUAGAGCUCAAGCAUGCUGCCCCCAGGCCCGCCUGGACACUACGUGGUUGGGUCAUUACUGGAGUACAAAGGGCCCAAGACCAACUUACAAUGGACCAAACAAUUCGGGGGCAUCUACUCCGUGAACCUGGCGGGCAAAACUUUGGUGUAUCUGAACACUAUACAACUUGUGGAGAGGUACAUGGAGGGCGCCGCUGGGGAGUUACUGUUGGACAGACCACCUGGACCCGGCGCGAUUGGUGAAGGUUUACUUUUUGGAAGCGGAGAGAAUUGGCAGAAAAACAAAACAGCCACCAUGCGAGCCCUUCACGCUGCCACGUUCGUACAGGCCAUGGAAGACGUGGUCCACUUCGAGCUUCGGGAAGUCCUGCAGACGCUGCAAGCGAAACUGGGUCAAAAGGUGAUGGUGGGAGAUGUGCUGAUCGGCCCGUGCGUCAACUCGAUCGUGGGACUGCUGAAAGGGGGUUCGCUAGCAAUGGACGACCCUGAUAGACGCGAGGUCUUGCUCAUCUCCCAGAACUUGGCGCGAUGUGACUUGGCCUCACUCCUGCAACAGAUCUCUCUCAAGCACCCAAUGCUGAGGCUUCCCCUGUCCUUCUUGUUUUGUACCAGCAUUGUGAACAUCCCUGCAACAGCAAAGAGGCUUCACGGUCUGCUUCGUAAGUGGAUUCGAGAAAGUCGUACCGAAACAGACCCAAGUGAUUCAAGUUGCCGAGAAAGUGCGGCUCCAGACGCAAGCUCAGCAUCACAAGAGAAGUCUCCAUCUGCAGCAUUGAUGUCAAGCCAGUGGAACUUUUCAAAAAUGUCUCUGAACGAGGAGAAUGAAUCCACACUGCAGAGAAUUUUGAAACAGCCAGAAUUUGUUAAAGUCACAGAGAAAACAGACACAGAGCUCAUCCAAUCAUUGACGGACUUUUUCUUUGGCGGAGUGACCAGUACACUCUCAGGCGCAGAGUUUGUCCUGAUGUACUUGUCCAAGAAUCCUGACGCAAGCCGGACGGCGCAGAAAGAGAUUGACGCUGUGGCAGGAAACGAAGAUAUUCGCUGGUCUAUGAAAGACCAGAUGCCUUUCUUGCAAGCCUGCAUUGCAGAGGCUCUCAGGUUAGGGUGUGUCACGCCGUCAUCAUUGCCUCACGUAGCUCUGAAAGAAACCCAGAUUGAAGGCUACAGCAUACCUAAAGGUACAACAGUGAUGGCCAGCAUAUACAGCUUGCACCGUGACCCUGAAAUAUUUGCAGAGCCAGAAGAAUUUAGGCCAGACAGACAUCUCGAUUCUGAGGGCCGGUUCAAGCAGCCGCAUUCCUAUCGACCUUUCGGAAUUGGAGCCCGGCGUUGUGUGGGUGAGGCCAUGGCAGAUAUUCAACUUUUUCUCUACACUGCAAGUAUUCUACGUCAGUUUGACAUUGAACCCGCGGACAGCAGGAGCGCUCAAGACCUAGAGACCCACAUGAGGAUCGUCCAUCGACUGAUAGACCUUCAAUGUGUCUUUACAGAAAGAAAGAACAAUUGCUAGAGAUUCAUAACAGUAACAAGUACUCAUGAGAAUCAGGAAUUAUAUCCUGGCUAUAAUAAUCAAAAUUAGCGUUCUUCAAGAUUAUCAACCUUGAUCGUGAAGACUUAUCAACUUUGACUCAACUAUCAGCCUAAAUCAGAAGAUUUAUCAAGUUCGACGUCAACUAUCAAGUUAUCAACCCUAAUCUUAAAGACAUUAAGUAAUAUAUGUGUAUUUUCUUUAGUGUUUAUGGAUGAUCUAAAUAUAUAUGAUACUUUAAAAAACAACAACUUACACACUAUCAAAAGAUAAUUAUAAUUUUUAAAUACAGCCUAAUAAAAAUGUGCUAGGCAUUUCGGGAAAAAAAGUUGUAGGCCCUUGUUUAUUAUAAUCCUUUUUUGUCACUUAGAAAUUAGUAAUUUUUUUUUUUUGGAAUCAAAUCCUUAAAUGAGCACUUUUGUUUUGGGUAUAUCUGGUGUACAGAGGCCGAAGUAUUUGAAAAACAAUGUAAUAGUUGUUUACUUUUCAGUACAGGAGAGUCAAACAUGUCAACUCUUUUGUUUGUAGAACUGAUAUUUUUUCUUAUUUAAUUGGCAACAGUGAUCUUUCACAAUGGCGUUCUUGACAUUGUUUUUUGUUUAUUUCCGAAACUCUCCAAAAACUCUCAAUGAUCCCGGGUUCAUGCCCUGCCUACCGCCUUCCCCCGUCGUCCUGCUUGAGGUUUGAACUAGGAAGUAGAUUAUCUUCCAACUCUGAAGGAACAUCCGAAACAUGUGAAACGUUUUGCAAACAUUUCAAUUUCUUGCGUUUUUUUUUUCCAUCUUCAUUAUAUAGCCACCACAUUUCUUCUUAUCGCUUCUUCGUAUUUGUAUCUUUCUGUAUUUCUUUGCUUAUGUAUUCUUAGAGGAACUUAAAAAUUCUAAUCGUAAUAAAGAGCAGAAUACUGUGAUUAACUUUUAGUGUUAGAGUCUCCACAACACAUACAGUGGGUGGUAAUUUUCGGUACCAAUCUCUUAAGUUCCUAAUAGAAAAUGACCCACAUAUUAUUAGCUAUGUAUCUCAUUAUUGAUGUCCACAUUGUUAAAUAUUCUCACAUCCAUUUAUUAAUUACUUAUCAAUUACAAUUGUGGUUUACUAGUUUAAUCAUAUUUAAAGUUUCUGAGAUUUAUUUUUUCUACGAAUAUAUCAUAGGUUCCAAAUAAAUCCACUAUUAUUUUUACGCUUUAAAAAUGAGUAGAGAAUAGAUACUUUGGUUUUUCCAUUAUAUUAUUAUCGAAAACUCCCUUUAUUCAUUCUCUAGCACAAAAGAGAAGAAUGAAGAUUAGUCUGAUACAAAAUUAUAGUUAGGUGUCCACUAGAGUUCUUUGUUUUUUAUGAUGUUAGAAGUACCGCAGAGUAACUCCCUCUGACAGAUCACAUUUUAUUUAGGUAUGUUCAAAGAUGCCAACGAGGUGAAUCGAGGAAUCGCGUGAAUCGUGGCCAUCCUUUUGGUUGUUAAGACAAUUAGUUACAUUGUAAUCUCAAUAUAUUCUUAUACGCAUUGAAUCUUUCAAGGAUCUGCCGUUUAUUGGAAUACGACCGACAUUGUAGGUGCUAUGGGUACUACAAUAUUGAUUAUAUUUAUGUAUUUUCUUUUUGUCAAUGUAAAGUAAUCUAGUCACUCAAAAUAUUAUUAUUUUGCUUAUUAUUAUUAUUAUAUUACUCUUAUUACUAUUAUUAUUAUAGUUGUUUUGUUAUUAUUAUUAUCAUUAAUUAUAUUAUUAUUAUGGUUAAAUUUGCAAGGAUUGCUGAGUCGAAAUAUUUAGGAGUACCUAGUCUAUAAAGCUCACUUUUUUUUUUAACUUGCAAUGUACAUUAUUGCACACUAUUCUUCGUUUGUUCGUCCUAAGUCAGUAUUGCUAGGGAUUGAGAGAAGCCCAACUGUAAUCUAGUCACAUUUAAUGUGUUACUUUAUUUGGAUGACUUUUUAUUGCAAUAUCCAUUUUCUUUUUUUUCUUAUUGACUUUCGUUCAAAUGAGAAGAAAAAAAAAAAAAUAAAAAAACUUGACCA